AUGAACGUAUAUGAUAACAUGUAUGUGUUUUACUUUUGUGAGUUUAACAAGAACAUAUCAAGUAUGACUAAUUCAACAUGUUUACUUUUUUCAGUCAGUUUCAAGAAUAAAGCGAGACUUGUAUCUGUAGUAGAAAACAUAUACCAGAGAAGUCCAUUCCUUCUUAUAAUCCUCUUCAGCGAAAUUACAACAUCAGGUUACGUCACUCAACAGGUCAACUUCAACAUAAAGCAAUACCAAAAUUUCGUACUGGGUUUGUUGCUUUUAUCUACCUUAUCAAGUCUUAUGUUUAUACUAAUGCUGAUAUUUACAAAAGAGGAUGGCUACGAGCGGUUAGAAGAUGAUGAUGAUGGUGGUGAUGCUAUAAGAAUGGCUCCUUAUGGGGGUUUGACUAAGAACAUGUAUUCCGCAAACAAAACAGAAGGACAACCUCUGAUGAGCAUGAGAGAACAAGAGUUGAGUAAAUCGGACAAAAAUAAAAUCCUGAUCCGAAGUAGGUCUUGGUAUAACGAUGUUCCAAUUUUAUCUGAUGUUUUUAUUUUAGUGAUGUUCAUGAUGGCGUUCUUGGGUGGAGUGACAUCUAUAGUGUACUUUCAUUUCCUUACUACCUUGAUUAUAGUUUCCGCAGGUCAAAUGGACCAUACACGAGUGUUAUAUAUAUUGUUUACUGUUGUAGGGCUUGUCUCACAUUACAUAUGGCUUUUGGCCGGUUGUCUAAAGGGCAAAGUUUCCCGAGACACGAUUCUCAUAUGUUGCAAUGUUUUACUAGUAAUUUCUCAGAUCGUCAUGGUAACGGUAGAGCAAACCUUUGCUGUUUUGAUUAUCGUGAUCAUUUUGUUUAAUCUCGGGAACUCCACACUGCGUGUCUUUUCUCCCGUUAUAAUCUACGAGAAAUAUGGGUUGGAUAGGUUUGCGUUGCUAUGGGGAUUCAUCAGUGGUUUUGAAAAAAUAAUCUCAAUAUUAUUCCUGAUCAUUUAUGAACGUGUGUACAUGUUUAAUGCCUGGCAUACAAACACCAUAUCUGACAUCAAUAUCAAAAAUGUGUCAAUGUACAAUACCAAUGUGUCACUACACAAUACCAAUGUGUCACUCUACAAUACCAAUGUGUCAUUGGACAAUGUCACUCUGUUCAAUGAUCCCAAAGAUCAAUGCUUUGGCUCACAAUGUACAAUGUUAACCUUUAUUUCAACAUCCAUAAUAAGUUUCUGUGGACUUCUAGUCAGUUUUGUUCUAUUAGAGUCAAACAAGGAAUAGCCAAUCAGGAGUAAGAUAACAUUGUUGUUGAGUAAAUAAUGAAUAGCCAAUCAGGAAAAAAGAUUACAAUGUGGUCAAGUAAUUAAGGAUUAGCCAAUCAGGUAUAAGGUUACAACAUGGACAAAUAGACAAGGAAUAGCCAAUCAGAAGUAAGAUUAUGUGGUCAGGUGACUAAAGAUUACCCAAUCAGGUGUAAAGUUACAAUAUGAAGAUGUAGACAAGGAAUAGCCAAAGAUUACAAUGUGGUCAAGAAAAAAAUGACAAGCCAAUGAGAAGUAAUAUUUCAUUGUGGUAAAGUAGAUUAGGAUUAGUCAAUCAAGAGUAAUCUUACACCAUGGACAAGCACAUAUUAAAUGGGUUCAAGCAACAAAAAGAUUUUGAUAAUCCGUUUGAAACUGUCAUGUCUAGUAAAAUCUCUGACGUCAACUUACAAUUUGUACAUCAAUCUUUCAAAAUUUAGAAAAUGAUAAUAUUAUGUACAAAUGUUUUAAAAAAAUGUAUUAUGGAUACAAGACACUGAUGUUCUGUAUGUGAAUCUGACGUAAAGUAGUAUCCUAGAAUCCUAGUAUGUAGUUGUAGUCUCUUUGGUAUAUGUCAUUUAUAUGACAUAAUUUUCGAGUUAAUAGAAGAUUAGGGGAAGGGUGAAUUAAAACAUACCAUUAGUAUUUAAAAAAAAAUUGACAAAUUCUCUAAAUAAUCUUACCUUUUGGUACAUUUUUAUUAAACGGCUGCAGUUAUAGACAAAUACGCCAUCUUGGUUGCGAUUGUCCAGGUUUACUCCGAAUAUAAAGUUGAGAAUUUUAGGGUCCUUUAGAGUUCUAGA